AGGGCCACAAUCACACACUCAUGCACACUCACACCUAGGGACACUUUAGAGUCACCAUGAAGCAUUAGUCUGCCUCUCCUCCCUCAUUAGAUUGAUCCAAACACCACCUUCACCUCUCCACCACAUUCUUUCUACUGUAUCCCACCCCCUUCAAGCUCCGCCUUCUUCAACUUUGCAGCACGAUAUGUCCCAUGAUGCUUCACUGUGGGAACCUGCUGGGAGAUCAUCAAACAGGAAGUGCCAUGCAGUCACAGGAAGUGCACGAAAGGUCAGAGAUAAUGCUGCCGACUGGCACAACUUGAUGCUGAGGUGGGACAAACUGAGCGAGGACGGCUUUGACGUCGCAACCAACAUCGUCAACAUCAAGAGGUCUCAACAUGAGCAGCUGCUGGUUCCUGAAGCUUCAUCAUCGUCUUCCUCCUCAGCGACCCUGCAGCCCUCAGGAGCUGCAGAGCUGCAGGCUCAGUGCCUCAAACUGCUGGACAUCGUGGAGAAAAUGACUGCCAUAGUGGCCAGGAUGGAGCGCCUGGCGGCAUCGCAGCAAGCGCUUCGGGAGCUGGAGGAGCUACGUUCUGGUUCUGCCGGAGGAGCGGCUCCCCUGUUCCACAGCUGGACCACCAAACAGUUUGAGGAUGCAUCGCGGCUCAUGCUCGCCGCGUUCUCGGAGGAGCUGAAGCUGAGGCGGGUCAUCUCGCAGGAGCUGGCCCACGCCGCCACCUCUGACCUCUCGAUGGUCUACCUGUCCUGCUGGCUCCACCAGCCCUGCAUCCCCGCCCAGAGCAGAAUCACCCUAGAGGCUCUGCUGCUGGAAACCGGACACCGCCCACUGUGACCCGCGGGUCGGACCUUCUGCUUCCAUCUGUAAACAUUAAAAUGAAAUGAACCUGA